CGUACUUUGUAUUGCUGUAUUGUUUUUAACCUGUCUUGACAACACAACUAUAUAACUACAAUCAAUAAUGAAUUUUUAACAUAAAUAAAAAUUAUAAAUAACAAACAAACAAUUAACGAUAGAGUUGUUUUGAUGACAGCUUAAUAAAAUAGAGUACAUUUGAGCUUGGUUACCGUCUUAAGCACCGGAGGAAAGGAAAGGUAAGGAGGGAGGAAAUAAUACGCUUAAUACUUUCUCCGGCUGUCCGGCUGGACCUCCAGAUCUAAAUAACGGCUGUGGUGGUAUGGUGGAUACCCAACUCGCAGCACACUAGACAUCAGUCUAACAGCACUUUUUUUUGUCUGUGUGGAUCACAUGUCAGUGUACUUUAUAAUAUUUUAUUUUAUCAACUCAACUCAACAUAACUGCUCACCAAUGAGCGAAUAAACAGUCACCAGUUUCAAUGAAUUUAGUGAGUUAUUUAUUUAUUGCCGGGACAUUUAUUGUCCUGGCGAGCUGUGAUGAUUCAAGACCUUGGUAUGAAACUCUUCCUGCUGUUGCGAUGGACUACAAAGUGCACAUAGAUGCCGGGAAAGAGGAUUGUUACUUCCAGUAUGUAAAUCCCGGAGCAACUUUCUUCGUCAGUUUUCAGGUGCUGAGAGGCGGUGAUGGAAAGGCUGGAUUUGCAGUAAGAAAUCAAGCAGGUGAAAUAGUACUUCCUUAUCAAUGGCGGGCUAGUGCUGAUUAUCAAGACCAAUCAGGAACUGGUGGUUACUACAGUGUGUGUGUUGAUAAUCAAUUUUCACGUUUUGCUGGCAAAUUAGUCAAUUUAUAUAUCACUGUUAUCAGGUAUGACCAGUGGGAUAAAUUUACUAAAGAAUUAGAAGAAUUAAAUCUCUCAGUUGAGAACUUUACGAAUACGAUUGUUAAUGUUGAAAAAAAUAUUAAUGAAAUGUUACACACACAAGCUAUAAGUAGAAGUCGAGAAGCACGUGAUUUAAAUUUAUUAACAGAUAACAAUUCGUAUGUUCAAAAUUGGUCUGUUGCACAAGUUAUCGUUAUUAUUGCAACGACGAUAUUACAAGUAUAUUUUGUAAAAAAAUUAUUCCAAGAACGACCAAGUGGUUCAUCGAAAAUUCGCAUUUAAUUUUUAUAUUACUAGACUAACUAUUGUUUUUGUAUGUACGACUGUCUUACUCUAAUCAUGAUCACUUAUUCUCAUCUCAACAAAUUAUAUACUCAUUUGAUUAUUAAUUUUAUACAUAGACAAAAUGACUGAAUGGUUAUAACAUAUUUAUACAUUCUAAGUAAUUAUAUUUUUCCU